AUGUCCUAUAUACCUCUGGAAGGGUCUGUUGUGUCUUAUGAGUUUCUGGAUGCUCAUAAGGAGUGGCUGUGGGGUGUUGGGACUGUUACUCGCUGUGAUGACCGUGUGUGCGUAAUCAAGCAGUGGGUGGGCGCCACAGUAGAUGAAACUAUGGUGACAAAACUAGAGAGUGAAGCCGCUUCUUCGAAGGCUGAAGCGAAGGCCUACCAAGAGCGUCUCCUCGCCAUUCGCGGGCACAUUAACUCACAGGACUCUAGAACUUCCAAGGAGGAGAGAGAGCGAACGUCACAGGAGUUGUCAGAGUGCCUUGCCUUAAUUGGCAAACAUCGAAAUCACUCUCGAUCAUUGUUGGCUGAUCUGGAAAGGAUAAAGGGAUCUUCGGUAAUGCAGGUGAAAUGCCAACAUUUCGCCCCAGCGUCUUCUUCCAUAACAGUCCUCUGUAGUUCCGUUCUGCGGGUCAUAUCGCAGACGACAGUUCCGUUUCUCUUGCUUUCCUCAGAGGAAGUAGAUUCUAUGGAGGAGGUGAUUCAGAGUCGCAACCAGCUCAACAGUGAGCUUCAUAAACUGCGCGCCGCCGUUGAGGCGGCGAAUAUCGAAAAUGAUGACUUGCACAAUCAGCUUCACCACCUCGCCGAGCAGCUGAAGUGCAUGGAGAAUGUAUCGACACCCAUAGGAAUUUCUGAUGGUGUAGAGAGCGGAUCUGUUUUCUCCGAAAAACUUAAAGAGCACCAGCAUUUGGACUUGCUAUCGGCAUGGGACAAGAACGCAGCGUCGGUAGUGACUGACCAUACUAUAACAUUUCCUUGGGUUGAUGGAGAUACCCUGUUACAUCACAAACCCGAGGAAACGAAAUCCGUCUUUAUCGCGGAGGCUGCCUUUGCAUGUUGCGCGCCGAUUCAGUGCGUGACAAAUCUGAAAAUGGCAGCCCGUGGAAAACACCUUUCUGCAGAAUUCUCCGUCAGCCAUCCCGCAACUUUGACAACGAAGGAGAUCAAUCAGAGGCUCUCAAGCUACCCUUUUCCAUCUAUGCACGGCCUUCAUGAGGAUCCUCUGGGUGCAAAGACUGGGCUCGACAAAGCUAUCGAACGCCUUGAGCACGCCCUGGGCAUUCCAGAAGGUAAGCAUGAAGGUCUAUGCUUCGACGAGUUCAUGGAAAACAUGCCAGACACCACUUUUAGCAGCGACAAAGAUGCGUACGAGAGCGAAAUUGGAGACUUACUCAUGCUCCUCGACAAGCUCAAUAACGAGAAUCGUUCCCUACAAUACACUCUAGACAAAUCUGCUAUCGAGUUGAAGAAGCAGCUUGCAGCGUCUCAGAGAGAUCAAGAUGCACUACACACCGAGGUUGCUCAGCUCCGCCAUAUUGUCGCAAAGCUUAAGGACCUUGCAGAACAACAGGAGAAACAACUUGAAGAACAUCGCCUGCAGAAAAAACGGGCUGAACAAACUCGAUUCCGCCACCACCUUGCUCUCCUAGAAGACCCAGCACGGAACUCAGAGUACGCUGUUACAAUAGAUGAAUACCACCGUCAAAAAGAAGCUGCCGAUAACCUUCAGGCGGCAGUCAUUGUGCAAAAAGCGAAGACUGACGAAAUGCAUCAGCUCCUCAAAGACUACGAGCUGCAGUGUACCCAGGCCACUGACCAGCUCAGUGAACUCAAAGAAGCCUUGGCUGUCAACGAAGAAGAAAAAAAUCAAAAUUUGCGUGCCAUCGAAUCCGAACUCAUGGAUACCCUAAUCCAGCUCAAGGCUGCAGAAGCAUACGCCCAGGUUCUCCUACAAGUCAACACCAAACAGAAAGAAGAGCUUACCGCUUUCCGACAAAAGCGUAUUAAAGCUCUCGCCCAACGAGAAGCUAGCGGCUGUCUACCUUCGCCCACUUCUUCUAAAACAGAAUCAGCGCCACAUCAUCCCAUUUCCCCAACCGAAAUCACAAGAGAACCGCUGUACGCUGUGACACUGGAGGAGUACCGCGACAGGGAUGCGGCCGUGGGGCAGCUUGCUGCGGAGCUGGAGGAGAAGAGGGCCGAGGCGGAGAAGCUUGCUGCGGAGCUGGAGGAGAAGAGUGCUGAGGCGGAGAAGCUUGCUGCGGAGGUGGUGGAGCAGAGGGCCGAGGCGGAGAAGCUUGCGGCGGAGCUGGAGGAGCAGAGGGCUGAGGCGGAGAAGCUUGCGGCGGAGGUGGCGGCCUUCCGCGCGAAGCGCAACGCUGCGCUGGAGGCCCGCGACGCGGACGGCACGCUGCCCGUGCUGGAGAAGGCUGUGGCCGCGGACGAGGCGGCUGCGCAGGCGCUGGACCCGCGGCAGAUCGCCGACGGGCCGCUGUACGCUGUGACGUUGGAGGAACUGUUGCGGGCACGAGAGGAGGCGGCACGCAAUGUAGAGGCGAUGGAUGACAAUGCUGCUGCCUUGGAGUCAGAACUGCUGGAUGUGUUGAUGCAGUCGAAGGUGAUGAAAGGCGAAAACGCUGCUCUGGAGGAUCUCUGCAAGGAAAAGGAUGCUGCGGUAGCUGACCUUGAGAAGCACGACGUGCGUGCGAACAACAGCGACAAGGCGAAGCCACAGACUACUUCGCGCCACAGCAAGGUGUUUGAGGGCGAGGAAUGGGGCACUGUUAUGGCCACUAAGCCCCAUGCGCUUCACGAGGCAUUUGUGUCCGAUGUGUGCGCCGCGUGCCGCGUGGGGCGCGAUGAUCUCUCCGAGGUGACGUUUGCACUUGGGAGUCUGAUGGCCGGCGUGAGUGUGACGCAUAAUAGCGACAUCAGCUGCGACGACAUUGCAAAGCUUGUGAUGGACUACCACUAUCCGAAUGUGUGGGCACUGUAUGCGAAGCGUUGGACUCCCAAGGAUGGCCUGGAUGCGGCGAAGGACAUGAUCACCGAGCUUCAGGUCGCGCUAGCAGCGAAGGAGGAGGAGGCCGCCAAGAAUGCAGCAGAGCUGGAGGAGCAGAGGGCCGAGGCGGAGAAGCUUGCUGCGGAGGUGGUGGAGCAGAGGGCCGAGGCGGAGAAGCUUGCUGCGGAGCUGGUUGAGCAGAGGGCCGAGGCGGAGAAGCUUGCGGCGGAGGUGGCGGCCUUCCGCGCGAAGCGCAACGCUGCGCUGGAGGCCCGCGACGCGGACGGCACGCUGCCCGUGCUGGAGAAGGCUGUGGCCGCGGACGAGGCGGCUGCGCAGGCGCUGGACCCGCGGCAGAUCGCCGACGGGCCGCUGUACGCUGUGACGCUGGAGGAGUACCGCGACAGGGAUGCGGCCGUGGGGCAGCUUGCUGCGGAGCUGGAGGAGCAGAGGGCCGAGGCGGAGAAGCUUGCGGCGGAGCUGGUGGAGCAGAGGGCUGAGGCGGGGAAGCUUGCGGCGGAGGUGGCGGCCUUCUGCGCGAAGCGCAAUGCUGCGCUGGAGGCCCGCGACGCGGACGGCACGCUGCCCGUGCUGGAGAAGGCUGUGGCCCCGGACGAGGCGGCUGCGCAGGCGCUGGACCCGCGGCAUAUCGCCGACGGGCCGCUGUACGCUGUGACGCUGGAGGAGUACCGCGACAGGGAUGCGGCCGUGGGGCAGCUUGCUGCGGAGCUGGAGGAGCAGAGGGCUGAGGCGGAGAAGCUUGCGGCGGAGCUGGAGGAGCAGAGGGCUGAGGCGGGGAAGCUUGCUGCGGAGCUGGAGGAGAAGAGGGCCGAGGCGGAGAAGCUUGCUGCGGAGCUGGAGGAGAAGAGGGCCGAGGCGGAGAAGCUUGCUGCGGAGCUGGAGGAGAAGAGGGCCGAGGCGGAGAAGCUUGCUGCGGAGGUGGUGGAGAAGAGGGCCGAGGCGGAGAAGCUUGCUGCGGAGCUGGAGGAGCAGAGGGCCGAGGCGGAGAAGCUUGCUGCGGAGCUGGAGGAGAAGAGGGCCGAGGCGGAGAAGCUUGCUGCGGAGCUGGAGGAGAAGAGGGCCGAGGCGGAGAAGCUUGCUGCGGAGCUGGAGGAGCAGAGGGCCGAGGCGGAGAAGCUUGCUGCGGAGGUGGUGGAGCAGAGGGCCGAGGCGGAGAAGCUUGCGGCGGAGCUGGAGGAGCAGAGGGCUGAGGCGGAGAAGCUUGCGGCGGAGGUGGCGGCCUUCCGCGCGAAGCGCAACGCUGCGCUGGAGGCCCGCGACGCGGACGGCACGCUGCCCGUGCUGGAGAAGGCUGUGGCCGCGGACGAGGCGGCUGCGCAGGCGCUGGACCCGCGGCAGAUCGCCGACGGGCCGCUGUACGCUGUGACGCUGGAGGAGUACCGCGACAGGGAUGCGGCCGUGGGGCAGCUUGCUGCGGAGCUGGAGGAGCAGAGGGCCGAGGCGGAGAAGCUUGCUGCGGAGCUGGAGGAGCAGAGGGCCGAGGCGGAGAAGCUUGCUGCGGAGCUGGAGGAGCAGAGGGCCGAGGCGGAGAAGCUUGCUGCGGAGGUGGUGGAGCAGAGGGCCGAGGCGGAGAAGCUUGCGGCGGAGGUGGCGGCCUUCCGCGCGAAGCGCAACGCUGCGCUGGAGGCCCGCGACGCGGACGGCACGCUGCCCGUGCUGGAGAAGGCUGUGGCCGCGGACGAGGCGGCUGCGCAGGCGCUGGACCCGCGGCAGAUCGCCGACGGGCCGCUGUACGCUGUGACGUUGGAGGAACUGUUGCGGGCACGAGAGGAGGCGGCA